AUGUCAAAAGCGGUCAAUUCUAGGGCUCAGGUUGUUCGAAUCCUUAUAGCUGCUGGCAAGGCAGCUCCAACGCCACCCGUCGGCCCUGCACUCGGUGCUCGUGGUGUGAAGUCUAUGGACUUCUGCAAGGAGUUCAAUGCCCGCACGGCGCACAUAGAACCUGGAGUUCCCACGCCUACGCUCAUCACCAUCCAACCCGACCGUACUUUCACUUUCGUCACCAAGACACCUCCAGUGGCAUAUUUCCUCAAGAAAGCGGCGGGUAUCGAGAAGGGCACCGGCAAACCAGGGCAUGAGACCGUUGGUACUGUCAGCCUCAAGCACGUGUACGAAAUCGCAAAGAUCAAGGCGACGGACGCACAUCUCAAGCAUCUCCGUCUCGAGGCUAUUGCUAGCACCAUAGUUGGCACCGCGCGAACACUGGGAAUACAAGUUGUGCCUUGA